AAGCGAUAAGGCCAUGGCCAUCGAAGGCCAUUGCUGCCUCAUAUACCCCGCGGAAAGCAUCAUCGUCGCUUCGUCAGCUGCUUUUCACCGCCGCUGCCGUGCCACCGUGCGCGCACGCCCAAAUGGCAGCCGGCAGCAUCAAAACCUUCUCGCGAGACCUCUCAACCCUGCAAAGACUCGCGAAUCCGAGACAACCGCGCGCUUACUCCGCUGCUGGUGCGCACCGGAGACUCCCACGGCCGCCGUCGAUAAGACGCGGGGCCGCGGUGGUAGCAUGCGCCCCCGGAAGCGAGCAGCGAUCCUCCCCCGCCAUCGCCACGCAGCAAGCGCGGCCCGGCACCGGCACGCUUAGCGUCGAGUUCCGGACGCGGGAGGGAUGCCGGCUCGGCAUCGCCAGGUACCCGGACUUCGUGUACAACGCGCAGGGCGGCCGCGGCGUGGGCGCGGCGCGCGGCGCCGAGAGCGGGGAGGACGGCAACGGCACGGUGCUCGUCGACUUCGACGUGGCGAGUCUGUACAUCCCGCCCAUGUCCGGCGCGACGACCAGGUUCCUCGGCCUGCCGCUGCCGCCGUUCCUCAAGAUCGACAUCUUGCCCGAGGCCCUUGGCGGAACCAUCGACCGAGCCACUGGUCAGGUUGAUCUCAAGUUCAGGUCGAGGUUCUGUUUCUCGGUGGGGAGCAUCUACAAAGCGCCGCCUUUGUUCAUCGACACAACACUGACCUCCGAGGAAUCCAGGGGAGCUAUAAGAUCCGGCACUGGAGAAAGAAUGGACGAUAAAGGGAGAUGCAAGCUGGUUGGGGUGGCCGUCGUCGACCCAAUCGAUGACCUCUUCAUGAACACAUUUCUCAGCCUGCCUACCGAAUGCAUUGCAUACCUGAACGCCACCAUCUCCGUAGCCACAUCUAGAUGAUCUUGUUUAUUGCUGGUCUACAUUGCAGAUGCCAAUAAGUUUAUUUUCUUGUAAAGACUAGCCAAGACCUCUGGCACUAUAAUCACAUAAGGAGAUCGGCAUGCACCUAGAUCAACCAUAGCACUCGAAUUGUAUCGGGAGGGUUGAGAUGCAUAACCAUCAUCACCAGGCCAUUGACACAGUUCCAAGUAUGUGUGUGACAGAACAUGUGAAAAAUACAUAAUACAAGACAUCAUUGUUUUCAUAUGGUGAAAAGUAUCAACAU